CUUCCUGCCUGAGCUCUGAUCACCCCCGAUCGAUAUUUUAUGACUGGAUUUCUGAGGCUGCACAUAGUUUGGUGAACAGAUUUGGAAUUCCGGGGGAAGAUGGAAUGGAGGUGGAAGUCGUUACCUUUACUUUUCAUUCUCAUAGAAGGCGCAUGGAGUAGACAUUGGGCGGCUUGGAUGCCGACGUCCAUUUCUGCUUUUAAAGACACUUGCGUAGCCAUCCCAUGCAGCUUCAACUAUCCAGAAGACAUCCGGCCAUCGGUGGUCCACGGCAUCUGGUACUUUAACAGUCCGUACCCCAAGAACUUCCCUCCCGUGGUCUUCAAAACCAAGACAAACACGGCGCACGAGAUCUACAUGGGACGGACAAAGAUGAUCGGGGACCUCCAGGAGUCCAACUGCUCCGUACAGAUUGACCGAGUCAGCAGUGAGCUGCAGGGAAAGUACUACUUCCGGGCGGACCUGGGGGGAUAUAACCAGUACACCUACUCCGAGCACGCCAACCUUUACAUACUGGAUGAGCCCUUUGUGGUGCAGCCUCAGGAAAUAAUCUCAGGCUCCGAGACGGAGAUCACAUGCUUGGUGGAUGACAACUGCCCCGACAUGAAGCCCAGCGUGACGUGGAUGGACAUCGAGGGGCUGGAGCAUCACAUGGUGUACGUCCGCCUGGAGGAGAACAAUAUGUCUUGGAAGCAGAUAUCCAUCCUGAAAUUCCUUCCGAGCCAUAAGAACAAUGGUCAGCGCCUCGGCUGCAAAGUCACCUAUCCGGACAAAGAACUGGAGUAUAAGGGAUUUGUGACAAUGGAUGUAAAAUACGCACCGCGCAUCAUCGAUAUAAACUCUUCCACGGAAACCACAGAAGGCACACAGUUGGCGUUUGUCUGCGUAGUCGAUAGUAACCCCACGUCCCGUGUCAUGUGGUUUAAGGAUGAUAUGCUGUUAAAGGAAGACUUCACGGGGAACCUCACCCUAGAGCUGGAGUACGUGACCUACAAUCAUGAUGGCGUGUACUUGUGCGCUGCGGAGAACGACUAUGGGAGGACCAACAAGUCCAUGGGGCUGGCCGUCAUGUAUGCCCCGUGGAAGCCUUCAGUAAAUUCAUCGCUAGUCGCAGUUGAAGGCGAGGCGGUCACCAUAUUUUGCAACACGCAGGGGAACCCCGACCCCAUCCUCUCCAUCGUCAAAGAUAAGCAGAUCAUCAAUUCCGCCAUCUUCGAGAAUGAGCUGGUCCUGGAGAUCCCGUCCGUCACCCACGAGCACGACGGGGAGUAUUGGUGCCUGGCCGAGAAUCAAUACGGACACAGCAACAGCUCCUUCAACCUCACCGUUGUAUUCUCGCCGUUAGUUUUAGCCGAAUCGAAGUGCACGGUGACGAAGGACAACGUCCAGUGCAUGUGCACGGUCAAGUCCAACCCCGACCCGUAUAUCAUGUUCGAGAUCCCCGAAAAGAACUUCACAGUGAGCGAGCUGAACGCCGAGUUCGUCCACUCCCAGAGAAGCGGCUACAUGGUGAGCAGCAUCCUGACGCUGCAGAAAGAGGCGGAGCUUCCGAAAGUUGUCCUGUGCUCUGCCAGCAACCUGUACGGCAAGAAGGUCCACGAGCUCCUGUUCCAGGACUCCGACAGCAUGCUCUGGGCUAAGAUCGGUCCUGUAGGAGCCGUGGUGGUUUUCGUCAUCCUUGUCGCGGUCGGUGGCUACUUCAUUAAAACCAGAGAAAAAAAGCCCAUGACUGAAAGUUCCAGUUUCAUCCAGACAGAGACUUCGCCGUCAUACAGCGGAGAUGCGCCGAAGAAGAAACAUUUAGGAAAAAUAGAGAAUCGGUUCCUCAGCAUUUCAGAACGGAUCCUACUGAGCAAGAGGCAUCAACCCAAACCCGUGGACUCUGAGUACGCAAACAUUGACUUUUCAAAGAGGAAUGCUAAGAACAUUUACACCUCCCCCGAGGAGCUGACGGAAUACGCUGAGAUCCGGGUGAAAUGACGGGCGCUUAUCUAACAGCACAAACACCACCCCCCCCCCCCCCUCCCCUGAACAAUGAGAAACCUCAAGAGCCUGGAUUGAUGAAUGAGUUACAAAACAUGUAUGGUGUGCAUUCCCGAGGAUCACGGAACUGUAUGCGAGAAUCUGCUAAA